AUUAACUAAACUGUUGACCAAACAUAAAAACAGAACAGGAGAAGAAAAGAGAGUAUGCUGAGCUUCUUUCUUCGCACCAUUGUUCUUCUUCUCUUCCUCUCUUUAAACUUGUUCGGCACUUUUGCUUCUCUUACACCUAACCUGUGUCCUCUGGACCAAAGAUAUGCACUAAUUGACCUCAAGACGGAGUUCAAGAUCCGCAAGCCUGAUGAGUUUCUUGAUUAUGAUGGUAACUCCAUGAACGUCACUUCUUACCCCAAGACAGAAUCAUGGGCAAACAGCAGCAGUGACUGUUGUAACUGGGAAGGUGUCACGUGCGAUACCAAGUCAGGCAAAGUGAUCGGUCUAGACCUUAGUUGCAGCUCUCUUCAUGGUCGGCUAGAACCCAACUCUAGUCUUUUCCGACUGCAACAUCUGAAAAGUCUGAACCUUGCUUACAACAACUUCACUCUUUCACCAAUCCCAGAUAAGUUCAAUAAACUCAUUUGGUUAGAAACAUUCAAUCUCUCUGAGUCUUCACUCAAAGGUCAUGUUCCUAUAGAACUUCUUCAACUAACCAACUUGGUGUCUCUUGAUCUUUCUUCUUCUUCCUCUGCUUCUAAUUCCUACUUCGCACCUCCUCCAACUUUGCUCUUGUCCAUUGAGAACCCACCAUUGUUUCUCCCUCUACUUGCUAGAAACCUGAGAAACCUUAGAGCAUUGGAUAUGAGCUCUGUAAACAUUUCUUCAGAAAUCCCCCAAGAGUUUUCAUACAUGUCGUCUCUAAGAUCUCUACAUCUUAAAAACUGUUACCUGAUUGGAGAGUUUCCAAGCAGUGUUUUCAUGAUACCAAACUUACAGUCCAUUAAACUAGACCACAAUCCAGAACUGAGAGGGGAGCUUCCUGUGUUUUCUAUAAACAACUCUAUGCAAGUCUUGAGCCUUUUGGAAACAUCCUUUUCAGGUACCAUACCUGAUUCCUUUGGCAACCUCAAAGAUUUAGUUUCUUUGACACUUUCAGAAUCCAGCUUCUCUGGGAGGAUCCCAUCUUCACUUGGAGAGCUUUCUAACCUCUCAAGUCUUGUUCUUUUUUCAAAUGGUUUCACUGGUGAAGUACCAUCUUCCAUUGUUAAUCUAAAACAGUUGACCAUCUUCAGCGUUGGGUAUAAUAAGCUUAGGGGAAACUUUCUAUCCGGACUUCUCAACUUGACCAAACUACGUGGUAUCGAUCUCGGUUCCAAUGAGUUUACAGGUUUUUUCCCAACUAACAUUGGCCAACUCUCCAAACUGGAAGCCAUUUUCGCCGGUAGUAACUUCUUUACAGGAUCAGUUCCUGCAUCCCUUUUCCAAAUCACUUCACUGACCCACAUCUAUUUGGAGGAUAACCAGUUCAGUGAUAUCCUUGGAUUAGAGAAUAUAUCCAUGUUACCUAAUUUACAGUAUCUCUUCCUUCACUCGAAGAGUUUCAGAAUCAGUAGUCCAGUUGACUUUAACGUCUUCUCUUCCCUAAAACAGCUAGUAGGACUAGCUCUCUCAGGCAUCCUUCUUUCAACAGCAAACAUCACUUCUGUUUCAGACUUUUCAUCGCAGUUUCGAUAUGUGUACUUGUCAGGCUGCAACAUCACUGAGUUCCCUGAGUUCAUAAGAGACCAAAGAAAUCUGGAUUCUCUAGACCUUUCCAACAACAAUAUCAAAGGUCAAUUACCAGACUGGUUAUGGAGACUAGAAGAGUUGCAAGUUGUGAAACUUUCUAACAACUCCUUAAGUGGUUUUGAUGGAUCCCUGAAAGCUGUAACUGGAAGUCAGAUUAAUGUGCUAGAUCUAAGCUCAAACGCUUUCCAAGGACCACUCUUCAUCCCAUCCACGUCUAUAACCUACUUGUUUGUCUCUAACAACAACUUCACUGGAGAGGUGCCUCAGUUGAUUUGUGGACUAACUUCUCCUACCAUCAUAGAUCUAUCAAACAACAACUUCCACGGCUACAUUCCUCGGUGUUUAGGGAAGUACAUGAGUUCUCUUACGGAUCUAAAUCUUCAUAACAAUAGCUUCAAAGGAAGUCUUCCGGAUAUGUUUAUGCACGCCAGCAAGUUAAGGUCCAUUGACGUCAGCCACAACAGAUUGGAGGGAAAACUUCCUCCAUCUCUUACCGGUUGUUCUGCUCUGGAAGUUCUAAACGUGGAGGGAAACAAAAUCAGUGACACAUUUCCAUUCCAGUUGAAUUCAUUGCAGAAGCUACAAGUUCUUGUCCUCCGGUCAAACAAGUUUCACGGCAAGUUACAUCAGUACAGUGGGGCUUGGUUCGGAUUUCCUGAGCUGAAAAUCAUUGAUGUAUCACAUAACGACUUCCACGGCACGUUGCCAUCUGAUUACUUCCUCAACUGGACUGCAAUAUCUUCCAAGAAAGAUAAUACACAGCUGCACUACAUUGGGGACUUUCAUGACUACGGCUACUACACUUCGGUGGUGUUGAUGAAUAAAGGAGUAUCAAUGGCACUGGAGCGUAUCCUCACAAUCUACACAGCCAUUGAUUUCUCUGGAAACAGGAUCCAUGGAGAAGUACCUGAAUCUGUUGGUCUGUUGAAGGAGCUACAUGUACUCAACUUGUCAAGAAAUGCUUUCUCGGGACACAUCCCAUCGUCUUUGGCGAACCUCACCGCGCUGGAAUCACUGGAUCUAUCGCAAAACAAGCUUUCUGGUGAGAUCCCUCCAAAGCUCGGGGACCUUUCUUCCCUAGGGUGGAUAAACGUUUCACAUAAUCAGCUUGUGGGUUCAAUACCACAAGGUACACAGUUUCAACGACAAAACUGCUCUGCCUACGAGGGAAACCCUGGACUUUACGGUCCUUCUCUUAAGGAUAUUUGUGGAGUCAUCCAUGCGCCAACAUCUCUGCCGGUUUCAGAAGAAGAAGAUGAGGAGGAGGAAGGUUUGAGUUGGAUAGCAGCAGGGAUAGGCUUUGCACCUGGAAUUGUAUUUGGAUUGACGAUAGGAUACAUAGUGGCUCGUUUACUCAUAGAUCUCACUCCCCUAAGCAUUGAUGUUCUGUUCCAUAAAGUUAUUGUAUCCAGUAUCAUGUAUUGUUUUUGAUACAUAAACUGAAACUAAUGCUUGAGUGUUUCAUCAAGCAGUCACUUCCUCCAGGUUUUUAUUCUUAUCUCUCUCUCUCUCUUCUCUCUCUCUUUCUCUCUCUCGCAUCUCACG